AUGAGUUGCUGGUUGAAUGAGGAGAGUCUUUCGUUUCUGGAACAUUACCAAAUGGAACCAUGCAUCUGGAAUCCGAAAGAUGCAAAUCAUAAAGAUAAGAAGAAACAAGCAGAUGCAUGGAUUCGUCUUGCUGAACUUACUGGAAGACCAGUAAAGGAAAUAAAAAAUAAAAAGGAGAUAUUGAUGACUACUUUUCGCAAGCACUUGAAAAAAAAACGUGAAUCUAUGCGUUCUGGCGCAGGUGGACAACCAACCUGGAUAACAAUGGACGAAUUAUUGGAGAUAUCGGCGGACACGGCAGUGGAUGACAGAAUCUUAGACCGGAUUAAACUGUUGGAUCUUUCCCAAAGAGCUCUGUUUGGGAAUGAGCUGAACGUGGACCCACAGAUAUUGAAUAAACUGUGUUUUGCCUUGCCAGCAUUAGGUUUGGCUCAAGUUUUUAAUUCACUGGCUGUGGAUUUACCAGAGAAACAUCGUAUCAUAUCGUGA